AUGCCCCUACAUAUCACAUCUGAAUCAUCUUACAUUUCAAAUGAUUCACAAGAAAAAGAUGAUCCCAAUAAUUUAAUAAUUCCUGCAAAGCCGAAUGAUUAUGAAGCUUUAUUCAAGAGAUUAGAUAUUGAAUCGACAGGUCAUAUAACUUUUAAAGAUUUUACAAAAGCAAUGAAAAAAUUAAAUCAUCCAAUAAGUGAAAAUCCUGUGUUACUACGAAAAGUUUUUAAUUCAUUUGAUUCAAAUAGUGAUAAAGUAAUAGAUUUUAACGACUUCAAACGAUAUUUAAGCACAACUGAUGAUCAAAUUUUGAAAGGGUUUAAUAAAAUUGACGAAGAUAAUGAUGGGAAACUAAACAAAGCUGAUUUUGUAAAAUAUUUAAAACAUCAUUUAAAUUUGAAUAAUGCUAGUAAAGUCAAUGUUGAUUUGUUGUUUAAACAAAUCGAUUACAAAAAUGACGGGUAUAUCACAUAUGAUGAAUUCAGAGAAUUUUUAAUUUUAAUGCCAAGAUUACAUGGAUCCAGAAUCAGAACAGCUUUUGAAUUUAUUGUUGAAAAUUUCGAUGUCAGUUCGGAUGGUGAUGUUACUUUAAUAAAUCAAUUUCUUAAUGGAUUUGGGUUUUUUAUAGCUGGUGGUAUGGCUGGUGUUGUUUCAAGAACUUGUACUGCACCAUUUGAUAGAAUAAAAGUAUUUUUAAUUGCAAGAACCGAUUUAUCAUCAACAAUUUUACACUCAAAACAAGAGAUUGCAAGGCAAAUUGCAUCAGGUGCUGAGAAAUCAGUCAUUGAUAAAUUGCGUGCCAAACUAGCACAUGCUGAAGCGGAACACAUCUUGUCACAAGGAACAGGGACAACAUUGAAAGAGAAAACAAUUAGAUCUCCAAUAGUUCAAGCUGCUAGAACUUUAUGGUUACAGGGAGGACUCAAAGCAUUCUACGUUGGUAAUGGUUUGAAUGUUGCUAAAGUCUUUCCUGAAUCAGCAAUAAAAUUUGGAUCAUUUGAAGCUGCUAAAAGAUUUUUUGCAAGAAUAGAAGGUAAAGAUGAUGUUGCAAAUAUAUCCAAAUUAUCAACAUAUUUUUCAGGUGGGAUUGGAGGUGUUGUUUCACAAAUGGCCGUGUACCCUAUUGAUACUUUAAAAUUUAGACUUCAAUGUUCAAAUCUAGAUAGUUCCUUGAAAGGGAAUGCUUUAUUAAUACAGACGGCUAAAGAUCUAUUCAGAGAAGGUGGAUUAAAGGUUUUUUAUAGAGGUUGGUUUGCUGGUGUAAGUGGUAUCUUCCCAUAUGCGGCAUUAGACUUAGGUACUUUCUCCACUAUCAAAACAUGGUUGAUCAAGAGAGAAGCCAAAAAAUCGAAAUUACCAGAAGAUGAGGUCAAAUUACCGAAUUCAAUAAUACUAACCUUAGGAGCCUUUUCAGGUUCAUUUGGUGCUACAGUAGUUUACCCGAUUAAUUUAAUUAGAACAAGAUUACAAGCUCAAGGUACUUAUGCUCAUCCUUAUACUUAUAAUGGAUUUUUUGAUGUUUUGAAAAAAACAAUUGCAAGAGAAGGUUAUCCUGGUUUAUUCAAAGGUUUAGUUCCAAAUUUGGCAAAAGUUGCACCAGCUGUUUCAAUUUCAUAUUUUGUUUAUGACAAAAUGGUAAACAUAAUGGGAUUACAAAAUGUAGUUUAG